AUGCAACAAUAUUUCAGGUGUCUGGAGGUAAAUAAGUACAGCGAAGGAGGAUUCGAUCUCAGCGAGGUGGAUGCGCAUGACUGGGUGCUUAGAGCUUUUAAGCCCUUGAUUCUUCCACUAAUAGCAUCCUCGGAUCCCUCCGUCGUCGAGAGACCAACUCUGGCUCAAUACCUAUCCCCCCAACAGUGCUUUGUCUGCACCCUCGCUGCCGUGGAUGAUGAGCUGCAGCCCAAGCAGCUUGACACCAAGGAACCUGGCUGGGUGCCUCCCCUCGUUAGGGUGAACAGCGACUUUCUAGCCGAGCUUGAUCGGUCGACUCGAUGCUUUGCUCCAUCUGGGGUUCAACUAUGCUACGAUCGGCCCGAAGAUACCUUGAUCAAACUCCCUAGGCGCGUCAUUAUAAAGGACCACGAUGGCCAGCAUGUCGACUGCUUCUACAGGAGUUUCAAAUACAUAUACCACCGGGCGCUCGCAAAGAAGCAAAUUAAUGUGCUGAAGAAAGUAAUCCAGGCCCAGAUACCCCCUUCUCCGGGGACAUACAUCUGCCGCCUGCACGGCGUCGUCAUGGAGGCCGAUCGCGUUGUAGGAAUGCUGUUCACCUGGAUUGACGACAAGGGUGUGCUUUCGGUGGCCAUGGCCGCCAAAAGCUCUCCUGAACUGAGACAACGCUGGGCGGCGCAGAAUAGUAGGUCACUAGGCACGCUGCAUAGCAAUGGCGUUAUAUGGGGCGUUGCUAGCGCAGAGAGCGUCUUGAUAGACGAGGAUGACAACGCUUGGAUCACAGAUUUUGAGGGCGGCUUGACAAUGUCGGGGGUUGGUUGGUACAAGCCCUGGACAGUGGAAGAGGAUAGGCAGGGUUUGGCGGAGAUCAUAGAUAUCCUUAAUUGA